AUAUAUAUGCCGGAAAGGGGUCGCUUCUGCCUUCCGCCGCAUGAGGUGAGUGGUGCUGCGUGGACCUUACGAAAGACAGAUUGCUUCCUUCCCUCCAGCCGUCGCCAAAGGGGAUGAAAGCGGCGCAAGCUCUUUCCCCGGUCGGAUAGAAGCAGGAAGAGGAGCUCUCACCUCCCCUUUUCUUUCAAAGCGGGCUUUCGGUUCGCUUUCCUCUGACCUCGCCUUUAUUAACACGCUACCUGCGUUGCCUACCUUCGCGUUUCUCUGAGCCACCCAUUUUCCCCUCAGCCUCACUGACCCCCCCCGCCCUCCCCUCAGUGUGGGAUGUAGCGAUAGAUCAAUCAAUUCAAUGCCAUCCGGUUAAUCGGCACCCCUCCUCAGGUCGCGCUACUUUUGCCUGGACGGGUGUACAUCCUCAAAGCUGCUUUCCGGUAGGAUGUAGGUGUGUGUAGGGAAACCUCUUUGUGAAUUUACAUGGCUGUCAUGCAGCCUAGAAAAGUAAGGAUUGCGUUCUGGCCAUACCGCUAUAUUCACAAACGGUUGUCCAUGAGAGGAAAUGUGGUCCUUUGGCAGGGAAAGGGCAUGCUGCCUGCCUCCCUAAGCCAGGGUUUCUUUAAUCAAGUGAGAGCCCUAAAAUUUGUGUUUGUAUGUUUAAUGUUGAUCCAUUCAACAGGAUUUAUAUUCUGCUUGGUCAUCAAAACCUCAAAUAUUUGUUAUUAAUGCCAUUUUUGUUUGCCUGUUGACCUUCUGAGUCUUUUUAAAAAAGAUCAAUAAAAAAUACAACAUCAAUAAAACAUUAUAGAAACUCAGUAUACAUAGCGGCCCUCAUACUUGAGUCGUGUGUGUGUUUGUGUGUAUAACAUACAUUUUAUACACAUUUCAUAGAUCAAUCAGGUCAGUUUAGAAUUCAUGCAAAUACUAGUAGUGUAAUCUUGUAUAUGUCUGCUUAUUGAGUUCAGGGGGGCUUACUUUUGGUAGGUGGGUAGAGGAUUCCAGUACAGUGGUACCCUGGGUUACAAACACCUCGGGUUACAGACUCUGCUAACCCGGAAGUAGUAUCUCGGGUUCAGAACUUUGCCCCAGGAUGAGAACAGAAAUCGCACCGCGGUGGCAGCGGGAGGCCCCAUUAAGUGGUACCUCAGGUUAAGAAUGGUUUCAGGUUAAGAACGGACCUCCGGAACAAAUUAAGUUUGUAACUAGAGGUACCACUGUAUUUGGUUUCCAUGCAGUACAAUUCUGUUAACUGGCAGUGUAAAAUUGCUGCCUUUGCUGUUUAUAUGUAUGAGUUUUGACUGAUUUAGGCUACAAUUUUCUCCCACUUACCUAGGAGUCUACCCCACUUCUAAGUAGACAUGUAUGGAUUCUGCUACAAAUUAAGCUCUUAUAUCUACAUAUAAUUGCUUAUGAGGAAAAAACAAUGGGUUCUCUUUCUUUUCUCAUUUAGAUGAUGCAUUCCUGGGCUGCAAUAGGUAUCCCAGAAGAGGUCUUCUGUUUUCUCUUGCACAGGAUAAAAUUCUUCUUCAGGGAGAACUUCUAGAGAGGUUGCCAUGGUAGUCUGUUACAGCAAAAACAACAGGGUCUUCAGAGUUACAGUCUUCCCCAUUUUACUGUGGACUGGGCAACUUCUGAAGAGUUCUCAUUUCUCCUGGAAAAACUUAUUUCUAACAUUGCAGUGAUUACUCUAAAACUGAACCACCUAAACCUUCAUUCUGCUUUUGUCUGCGGCUGCUUCCACUUUUGCCUUGCAAAAAACUAAGGCACUUCAAAUCCCUGAAGGACAGGAGACAGAAAGCCAUCCAUUAUGAAGCUUAAGCUAGGACUACGCAUCUUUCUCUUGCUUCCUGUGUACUUGUUGAUAAAUCUGUACAGUGCCCUUAUAUUCAUUCCGUGGUAUUUUCUUACAAAUGCUAAGAAGAAAAAAGCUAUGGCGAAGCGAUUAAAAGCUAAACCUGUCUCGGACAGUCCUGGAAGCCCAUACAGAGCCAUUUCACAUCUUGAGUCAUUAGCCACUAUAGACUUGCCUGGAGCAGACACUUUGGACAAAUUGUUUGACCGUGCUGUAGCAAAAUUUGGAAAAAAAGAUUGCCUUGGAACAAGAGAGAUCCUGAGUGAGGAGAAUGAAAUACAGCCCCAUGGAAAAGUAUUUAAGAAGCUGAUCUUAGGAAACUAUAGGUGGCUGAGCUAUGAGGAAACUAACCAGAAACUGAACAACUUUGGGAGUGGAUUAGUUGCACUUGGGCUAAAACCAAAGAGCACAGUUGCUAUUUUCUGUGAAACCCGAACUGAAUGGAUGAUUGCAGCACAAACCUGUUUUCGAUACAGCUUUCCUCUUGUUACUUUAUAUGCGACCCUUGGAGAAGAUGCAGUAACCUAUGGACUGAACGAAUCUGGAGCAUCUUAUCUAAUCACUAGCACAGACCUUUUAGAAGGCAAACUCAAGAAUGUUUUGUCAGAAAUCCCCUGCCUCAGACAUAUCAUUUAUGUGGACAAGAAGACUAUCAAUAAAUCAGACUAUCCUGAAACACUAGAGAUCCUUAGCAUGCAAGCAGUAGAAGAACUGGGAGCCAAAUCAGAAAACUUAAAUAUCUCUCCAAGUCGACCUACUGCCACAGAUAUGGCCUUAGUAAUGUACACCAGUGGCUCCACUGGGAAACCUAAAGGAGUGAUGAUGAUGCAUAAAAACUUGAUAGCUGGAAUGACAGGACAGUGUGAACGGAUACCAGGGUUGGGACCCAAGGACACAUACAUUGGCUAUUUGCCUCUGGCUCAUGUAUUAGAACUGACAGCAGAAAUUUCCUGUAUUACUUACGGCUGCAGGAUUGGAUAUUCCUCUCCUCUCACACUAUCAGACCAGUCAAGUAAAAUUAAAAAGGGAAGCAAAGGAGAUUGUUCUAUUUUGAAACCAACAUUGAUGGCAGCUGUGCCUGAAAUCAUGGACCGAAUUUAUAAGAAUGUUAUGAGCAAAGUUCAAGAGAUGAACUAUAUCCAGAGAACACUAUUCAAGAUAGGAUAUGACUAUAAAUUGGAACAAAUAAAAAGGGGUUAUGAUGCACCUCUAUGUAAUUUACUCUUAUUUAACAAGGUGAAAGCACUCCUAGGGGGGAAUGUACGCAUGAUGCUUUCAGGAGGAGCACCCCUUUCACCUCAAACACAAAGAUUCAUGAACAUUUGUUUCUGCUGUCCUGUUGGCCAAGGAUAUGGGUUAACAGAAACCUGUGGAGCAGGGACAAUUACUGAAGUUUCUGACUACAGCACUGGCAGAGUAGGGGCUCCUCUAAUCUGCUGUGAGAUUAAACUGAGAGACUGGCAAGAAGGAGGCUAUACGACCAGAGACCAACCAAACCCUAGGGGAGAGAUUAUAAUUGGUGGACCUAAUGUCUCAAUGGGAUACUUCAAAAAUGAAGAGAAAACAGCAGAAGAUUUCAUUAUUGAUGAAAAUGGUCAGCAAUGGUUUUGCACUGGAGACAUUGGAGAGUUUCAUCCUGAUGGCUGCCUGCAAAUCAUAGAUCGCAAAAAAGAUUUGGUGAAGUUGCAGGCAGGAGAAUAUGUAUCGCUGGGCAAAGUUGAGGCAGCUCUGAAAAACUGUCCACUUAUUGACAAUAUAUGUGCUUAUGCCAAAAGUGACCAAUCUUACGUCAUCAGUUUUGUGGUUCCUAAUCAGAAGAAAUUAACUGCUCUUGCUGAACAGAAAGGUGCAACUGGCAGCUGGGUGGAUAUCUGUAACAAUCCAACAAUGGAAUCUGAAGUCCUGAAAGAGAUUAAGCAGAUGGCUAACAAAAUGAAACUUGAAAGAUUUGAAAUACCUGUCAAAGUGAGGUUAAGCCCAGAGCCCUGGACUCCAGAGACUGGGCUAGUCACAGAUGCUUUCAAAUUGAAAAGAAAAGAGCUGAAGAAUCAUUACCUCAACGACAUUGAGCGAAUGUAUGGCGGUAAAUAAUCUCCAGACAUCGGGAGUCAAGAUGUUGUACAGGAUUCCUUCUAAAACAAAGCAACAAAUGUCAUUCCCCAAACGUUGGCUAUAAUUAUAAAUGGAGAAGUGGCAUUUUGUGAAAUGGAUGAAAGCUACACUUCAUUUUCAAGAAGGAACAGUACUGGCUUCCCGAACUGUACUUUCAAGACGCUGUCCAAAUGACUGACCCACUGCCGUAGUUUCAUUUGAUCACUCCCAGUAAAGAAUGGUUGUGUCCAUAUGAAACUCCCUCACUGGGUAAACCAUCAUUUCUAUCUUUUUAUAUUCUGGCUUCCCUUACUCAUAAGGAAUUAAAUCAUCUUUAAUAAUUUCACUAUGAUGAUUUUCAAGUGGAGGAAAAAAUGAGCUUGUAUUUAAUUUAUGUGUUGUAUAUGGAAAAAGUGAAGAAAGAGUAAGCAGAAUGAAGCUUAUACUUUCCAGAGUGCUGCUCAUAAAUCUGCAAUCUCAGGUCCUUUGUUACCGGUAGAGAAAGUAGUUUCUUUUAACUUGACUGUCAUUAUGAAGAGCUGAGAGACAGAAAAAGAUGUUUCUCUCUUGAAUGCUACUUUCACACAGCCAAAAACAGAUCCACAAUGAUCCUAGCAUGCAUCUGCUUUGCACCAUGUGUGUGUUUGGUAAACACACAGCAAUUUAGUUUAUUAAAAUGUAACUGAUAAGAUUUUUUUGGAACAGAAAUGUUACCACAGGGUACUGUGGGUUGGUGUUUUUUUUAAUAGUUAACUGAAUACACAUUGAGUGUAGUUAGUCAUAGUUUAGGCUCAAAAAAGCACACUUUAGCUGUGUGGAAAUACUCUGGAAGAAGAGACACCUGUGGUACUUUUUAUGGUAUUAACGGUCCAGUUUCAUUUUACUCUACACUGAAUAACUGUAAAACUAGCUUCUGCCCUUUAUUGAUCACAGGCCACAUCAUUCCAUUCAAUGAAUUUAAUGUGGAAGGGGCAAAAAAUGCACUACUGGUGAGAUCUUCAGCUUGCCAGUAUUCACAGUGUUUUUAGUGUCUAAAAGGGAAACAAGUACACUUCAUAACUGAUCUGUAAUCCAUAUUCAGAUGCAUCCUAUCUGCUCCUUAAGGGUUGUGUGCUAUAUUAUCACAAGGAGUUUUCCCCCAUUCAAACACCAAAGGAUCUAAAAUCCUUUUCUAAAUGAUGACAAGUUUGUGAUCUUUACCACCUCCAACACUACACUGACUUCCAAUGGUAAUGCAGCAUCCAUAAGUUUUCAGAUUAUUAGCACAUUCCCUUUGAAAUCAAUGGGACUAAACACAUUUGAUGGCUACAGUAGUCUGUUUUCUUAAGCAUACAUUUUUUACUUACCAAGUAUGGUGAAUUGGGAUCUCUGCCUGUCCUUCCAAGCACAUCAACACCAGAAAUCAAGUCCUAUGGGUUUUUAUGUUAUUUUAUUUUCCCCUCUGAAAGGGCAUUUCUAUUUCUUUUAAUACACCACACAAGUCAUAUGUAAAAGCUUAAUUUUGUAUUUGUGAGUGAUGAAUUUGGUCUUUGGAAGUUUUUGUUUGAAGAUGUGCUUAAAGGGAAAAUACUGUAUUUAAAACUUCUGUUUUGUGAAAAUGUUUGUUUGAAAACUGGAAUUCUUGGUGUGUUGAGAAGAGAGUGGGGCAGCAACUCUCCUGUAUUUUGUGUUCUGUGUACUGCAUUCAGCUGUUUCUUACUUUUUCCACCCCCUUGAGUUCAUGCUCUGGACUUUUAUAUCCUUGCUGGCAGUUCACACUUGAAUUAGAAAUGCUGUAAGAUGUGGCAAUUCUUGAUGCUGUUCUAUUUUGCACUUUUUUCUUAAUCCCUUUUUAUACAUUGCUUCCAGUUUUGUACAGCUGUGACCCUUGAUUGCAAUGUGUCAUACUUUGACUUGGCUCUAAAAAUAUUUAUAAUAGAUUUCUUUUAUUCAUAAUAUUUAAGUGUGUAUAUUAUGGUCAAAAGAAAACAAUCCAGUAUUGUUUCUAAAUAAUGAAGGGAUUUUUGUAUGAAAUGUUGUUUCUGUACUCAAGAUUUGGGCAAGAUUUCCUUCUAUGAAGUGUAUGUGUGGGUCAGUCAACCUUCAGAGCAACAACAAAUCACCAGUUUCAGUUAUUGUCAAACCUAUUGAAAUAUUGUUCUGGCCAGAACUGGCUGUUCUGUCCUUAAGGACCAAUUUUAAUUUUUGAGGCACAAGGAUAGUUCAGACAAUUUUUCAACCAUACUUCUCCCAUCAAACCAGCACACUGCCAAUUGAACUUGUUGAGUCCAAUCUGAGGGCUGCCAGUGUAUGAAGAGUCCUACAUUGGGACCAGAAAAAUGCCUCUAGGUAGUUCCUCACUAAACACAUACACUUGUUUACAUAAACAGGAAAUCCUUCCCCUAUUGAUUAGUGGUCCCCCCCCUAAACGAGCUCGUUGUUGAAGUCUACUAUAUUCGGUAUGUGAUAAAAAUUGCUCUUUCUUAGACACAAAUUUGCUAUAUUGACUUUGUCAAACACGACAAAUCUUUAAACAACAAAUGUAUGGAGUUAAUAGCUGUUGUGUGCUUUUAAAUCUUAACAGCAGCUUGUGGUGUUUGUUUAGAAUGCACUGAGUAUAUCUCUGACCUAUAUAGUCUCUUUGCUCUGGUGUUAAUGUGGCCUUUAUUGACUAACCUCAUUUUUGGUAUUCAUGAAGAUAUAUUUUUAAAAGUUUCCACUGUGAAAGUCUCACAGUUUUCUUCCACAGCUUAAGACUCAUCAUAGUUGUGUUUUGUUUUGUUUUUUAAAAAAGUCAAGUCCAUAUAAGAUUCACAUGACUUUCUAUUCCAUAAAAUACAUUUACAGCACAAUCCUUUACAUUUCUAUCCAGGAGUAAGUCCCAUUGAGUUCAAUGGAACUUACCUGCAGGCAAGUGAAUAUAGCCUUAACUAGGUUAUGCAGCCCCUGCAGCUUACAUACUAUGUAAUUACUAUAGACAAACUAGUGAGGGAACGCUUUCUGUGGAACUCAUUUGUUUUCAGUUUUCUAACCUCCAUAAUUUGAAUCCCUGCAUAGCAAUACACUUUCCCUGCAGCUGCAGAUGGACUGUUACUUAAUUUUUAGAUACCUCCUACAUUUUCAUAUCUUUGUCUUGGAAUGAAAAAUAUUCUAGGGCUUUACCAAGAAAAUGCAGAGAGAUAAACAAGAGUGUGGGUUUUUUUCCUUUUAGGGAAACUGAAGUAGGCAGAGCCUAGGUGAUGGUACUACCAAUAGAUGUCCACCUGUAUCCAAUACCUCUAAGGCUAUGAUUUGCGAGAAACAGUAAGCCAAGCUGUAGCAAAGUACUUUUUACUGCUGUGCCGAACUAAACCAAGAUUUGGUUUACCAUGUCAGCUGAAUUGAUGUUUAAGUUCUCCUCUCACUAACCACAAGCUAUAGUCAGGGUUGUAUAGCUUGCUGUUACUGCAAGAGCUUAAAUACAAGUCCCCCAGUUGGGAUAACACACUAAGCCAAGCCUUGGUUAAGCUUGGCCUAUAUAGAAAAUAGUAGAUGGGAACAAAGCAGCUGCAUGCUUCUCUGCAGAAGGCUGCACAUUUACGUAGUCUUACGAAACCAGUUUGGCUUGCUAUGUUGCACAAACCAGGUCAGUCACUGAUUGGAAGGCUCCUUUUUGUCACUGGAAAAAGUAUGAAAUAAGCCCUAAAAUCUUCCUGAAUUGGUGCUGGGAAGUGAGAGUAGACAUCAAUAAAUUUGUCAGUUGAGUUGCAGA